AACUCAAAUUUCCCUUAUUAGAAAAGGAUAAAGAAAAGCACAUGAGAGCUUAGAAAUCUGGUUUCGCCUCUGUUAAUCAACUGAAAGUCUUCAUCUCCAGUAGGAUUUUAGGGGUUUUUUCUUUCUUGCGAUCUGUAUUGUAAAAAUGGUGUCAAAAGGGAGAUCAUUACCCCGGGGAUCUUUUAGGAAAUCUUCAUCUUCGACGCUUAUCUUCUCCAUUAUGAUUAUCUGUUCAUUCUUCGUUUUAAUCCUUCUCGCUCUCGGAAUUCUUUCGAUUCCAAACACUUCAGAUAGUUCUCCGAAAGCUCAUGAUCUCAGCUCCAUCGUUCACCGUACUACAACUGCUGACAGAAGUGAGAGUGAAGAUGGCAUAGCAGAUCAGUGGGUUGAAGUGAUCUCAUGGGAGCCUCGAGCCGUUAUUUAUCAUAACUUCCUGUCCCAGCAUGAAUGCGAGUAUCUAAUUAACCUUGCUAAACCUCAUAUGGAGAAGUCAACUGUUGUUGAUAGCGAGACUGGCAAGAGCAAAGAUAGUAGGGUUCGUACGAGUUCUGGCACAUUUUUGGCUCGUGGACGUGACAAAAUAAUCAGGACUAUUGAGAAAAGGAUUGCAGAUUUCACCUUCUUACCUGUAGAACAUGGAGAAGGACUGCAAAUUCUCCACUACGAAGUGGGACAGAAAUACGAGCCUCACUAUGACUACUUCCAAGAUGAAUUUAACACCAAGAAUGGGGGUCAACGCAUGGCUACAGUUCUGAUGUACCUCUCAGACGUAGAAGAAGGAGGUGAGACAGUGUUCCCUUCUGCAAAGGGGAACAUCAGUGCCGUGCCUUGGUGGAAUGAACUAUCUGAAUGUGGCAAAGAAGGUCUAUCUGUUAAACCAAAAAUGGGGGAUGCGUUGCUUUUUUGGAGCAUGAAACCUGAUGCAACUGUAGAUCCUUCAAGUUUACAUGGUGGCUGCCCAGUUAUCAAAGGGAACAAGUGGUCCUCUACAAAAUGGAUUCGUGUGAACGAGUAUAAAGCUUAAUUUUUUGGUUCGAAAGGUUUUGAAUGUGUAUCGUUAUAACAAGACUUCAGAACGUGACACCAAGAUCCGGUGAUAUAGUCUUUGUGUGUAAUUUCCCAUUAAUCUGUCGUUUAUUCCGUUAAGCAAAUAGACCCUAGCUUACCUUGUGGUAAGCAUGAGCCCGUUAGCGGUUUUGACCCAAACUGAUAUUAACAGAGUCUUUUGCUAUGAGUUCGAGUCAUUGUUGACAUGUAUUUCGAUUGUUUGGAAGGGAACAAAAGGGACGGUGUAAAAUCCUUUGGCUUGUUACACGUUAAAAUAAGUUAAAGAAGUUUUAUAUUUGUAUGAAGACAAUAACAUUCACAUUAUUUUAAGUGUCUU